CUUCCCGCCGAACCGAUUACUUCAAAGUGCAAAAUAUCAAUCGAUUAAUCUUUUUAAACACUCAUUUCAAAGCUAACGAAACAGCUUAAUAGGUAGACUAUAGCGGAUAUUUGUUUUGAAGUAGGAUUAAGACAUGCAAAAAGGUGAUAAUUUUCUUCAAAUAUAUCGCAGUCUGACGUGGCAUAGAUAUCGGAUGGUUGUAUGUGUCAUCUCUUCAGCAGCCAUCUACAAAAACAUUGACAGUUGUGCAAACGAAGAAAACAAGCAAAGGUCUUUCAGUAAUUUUUACGUGUGCAUCGCUUAAAACAAAAAUGACUGAACAUAUAUUGCUUAAAAACAGAACUAGACCAUGCUUAAUGUAGCUGAUAUGUUAUUGGCCCAACAUGUAUGGCACGCAUACAUGUUUAAAAUGGGGCGUCCGUGGCCGAGUGCUUAAGGUCGUUGACUACAAACAACUUGCCCCUCACCGCUGUGGGUUCGAAUCCCGACAGGGACUUUGGAUUCUUUCAUGUGAAGAAGCUAUCCAGCUGUCUUACGGAACGUCGGUGGUUCUACUCAGGUGCCCGUUCGUGCCUGAAAUGCAACUGAGGUCUUCCUCCACCAGUAAAGCUGGAACGUCCCCAAAUGACCUAUACUGUGACGUUAAACCCAAACAAACAAAUCAAACAAACAUGUGUAAUGGCCUUGUACAUGUUGAUUAUCGCCGUCGACAAUGCGGAAGUGGGUAUUGAAAUUGCAUUGUCCGAUAGUCCUGCCAUCUAGAUUUAUACUCACCAGGUUUUUGUUAUUGUAUUAGAUUUUAAUAAUGCUGAUAAAAUAUUUCUUAAACCUAAAUGUGUAUUUAUGAACCGUUAAGUAAAUGUGAAUUAUGCAUUUUUAAAGAUACUUUACACCUAGCUUUAUCAAUACUGAUGUGCUACGCUUAGUUUUUUCAUUAACAGCAAUGUGUAUUUAAAUACAUAAGCAAUUCACUUUAUUAAAAUUUAAAAAUGCUUCAUUUGUUUUACGUUGAAUAAGACUAAAUGAUUUUUUGUGAAGGACCUUUAUGAUCAAUUAACUAUGUCAUUGUUAACAAAUUAAAAAAAAAUCCAAAACAUCUCAACAGGUAUUAAAUUUGUACUUUCAGGUGCUAAAAACAUAAUAUUAGUUUAUAGAUAAUGUACAUUUUACUUGUACUUCUAUACUCUAAGUUGAUUUCUGAACGAUACUAUGAAUAAAAAAACUUUAAAUCCCUACAUUGAUAUACUAUUUGUUUCCAUGUUUAGUUUUUUUAGCGUAGGUUAGGCAAAAGUAGAAUAUCUGGUCGGUCCAUUCAUUAUAUUGUGUCCGGUGUCUCUUUCUAUAAUAUGACGUAAAACACCAAAAUGAUGCAAUUGCACUAAUGGGAAAUAAUACAGUGACCUUCACCCGUGUGAGCCGAUACAGACCGGGUAUGAUGUAGUUUUGUGUAUCUGUAAUCAUAAGACUAGUGCACCGUAUGCAUCGAUUCGUCAUCUUUCUAUCGGAAUAUAACACGUUUUUAAAUGUUUUGUAGUUCUGUACAGCGUAAGGAAUUUGUUCAUUGUAAAAAAGUCAUAAAAUGCGUAUUUACACUUCUAUUAAAUAUGUUGAACCAUUUGAAAAUAUUUAUAUGUUAAAUGAAAUGAAAGUAAAAGGUGCCAUUCAUGUGUUUUACAAAACAAAAAAAUAAUAAAAUCUUUACUUUCAAGAGAACGAAGUAACUUAAAAAAGAGGUUAACGUUUUCUUGCCAGCAUUGCUUCAUCCACCUUUACUGUUAUAUUUGAUUGUUUUUUCUUUUCAGAGUCACUAAGCAUAAAUGAUGGAUGGUUUUGUGCUUGAUUUAUUAACAUGUUACGGCCGUACCAAGUACAUAUACGAAUAUUUUUAAAAAUACUGUUGACAAAUGCUUUAUAUGUUCAUUUACUCAUAUUUGUCUUAUAUUCAUUAGAUUUGAUUUGAAAGUGUUUACCGAUAUAGUGUCUUAUCUCGUCCAUCUCAUUGACUGUACUUAAAUGCCAUGAUGUUUAUUCAGUUUGUGAAAUAUUUAUAGAAUAAUAUUUUUUUCAGCCUGACGUGGCAUAGAUAUCGGAUGGUUGUAUGUGUCAUCUCUUCAGCAGCCAUCUACAAAAACAUUGACAGUUGUGCAAACGAAGAAAACAAGCAAAGGACUUGUUGAGUUAAACUCAAGAUAAAAUCAUGAAUGCACCUGAGCCUGUCAAAUCGUUUAUUGUGUCAUGUGGAAAAAAGACCGUGCUGAUUGCUCAUAAGUCAUCCGAAAUGUUUAUGGAACGAUGCAAACGUAAUUUUCGAAUUGAUGAUAAGACAGUAUUGUCGUUUAGACGACCAGACAGCAAGAUCAGUGUUGACAUAGAAAGCUUUGAAAUAUUACCUAAUGAAUCGGAAUUGCAUCUGACUGCUAGAAGCAAUAUAGAAUCCGAUUCGUCAGAUGCAGAGGAAGAAACAGUGAAAGGAUAUUCUCGUAA